UUUUUGGUUAACUCGCGGGAAUGAAGUGAAAGUAGGACGAAUGAAGUGUCUCAACUGUUCAAAACAGCUAUUGAUUGAAGAUGACAGAUACAGAAAUUUCUCCUUCAAAGUCUAAAGUACAUCUAUACUACAAAAACGGAUCAUUGAUGCCCUUUGAGGAAGAUGCCUAUCACGAGUUCAAAGGUCACAGAGACAUCAGUAAAGAAGAUUGUCCACCAUGGACCCAGGAUCGUAGGAGUUGCGAUCGGCCGUCUAGACGGGCAGUAUCUAGAGCCCUGAAUGCGUUUCUCAACACGGGUCGUGGUGGAACAUGCUAUCUGGGAGUGGUUGACAGUGGAGAGGUCAAAGGACUCAAGCUCACAGAAUACCAGAAGGAUCAUGUGGUGAGCAGUCUGGAUGACUUAAUGAGCAGGUACACUCCCCCAGUAAAACAGCAUCGCUACAAGAUCCGGUUUGUACCUGUGGUGGAUCAAGAUGCUACGGAGGAGGAGAUAAUACAGCACUGCUCCCAGGUCAACAGUGAUCUGAGCGUAAUUGAGGAGAGGCAGCGUCCCCAUCAGUUAAGAUCUCACACCUACUGUUGGUGCGACAGAGACUCUGUAGCCCAGUUUAACUGCGGUGUACUUCCCACUGACUAUGUUAUAGAGAUAACUAUCAAACCAUGGGACGGCUCUGACCCUCGUAACCAUGACGAUGGAUGUGGCUCUUUUGUGUGUCUCCACCCCUACCACGAGGAUGAGGAGGGCUGUGUCUACUUCCGACGGCAGGCCAGUUUAGUCAAAUACACAAUGACUGAGAUAGCUAUGUUGACAAAACAAGAAGCGAGAGAGAAUUGUGAGGCGACCAUAAAAAGCUUAAGAGAAGAAAUAUCACUCCUCAAAGUAGCUCAACAAAAGGCAGGGGAUGGUUGAUCAUUUGUACAACUGAUAUGUUGAUACAGCGAAAUUAAAUGAUGGCUAGUGUAACUAUUGUCAAAAACAGUAUGAUGGUCAGUGUGACCAGUACUAGAAAACGGAACGAUGAAUACGAAUGUACAAGAAAACGGAUCGAUGAAAACGGAUGUACAAGAAAACGGAUCGAUGAAAACGGAUGUACAAGAAAACGAAACGGUGAAAACGGAACGAUGAAAACGGAUGUACAAGAAAACGGAACGAUGAAAACGGAUGUACAAGAAAAUGGAACGAUUGUUAAUCUGACCAAAGUCAGAAAAUAGGAUGAUAGAGUUGUGACUGAUACCAGAAAACGAAGAUACCGAAAAACAGAUGGAUGGCUAGUUUGACUGGUGCCAGAAAACAGAACGACACAAGUCUGAGCAAUGUCAAAAACUUGAAUUAUGCCUACUGUAGCCAGGGUCGAAGGUCAAACAUAGAGUGUGGUAUGGAAUAGUAAGCAGAAUUUCAAAGUUGAAUAUUUUGAUAAACUUCAAAGAAUAAUUGCAUAUUUUUGUUAAGGACUUUCAUCGUUGUUAGUUAUUCUAGAUGCUAAUGUUUUCGUGAAGGUUGAUGAUGUGGUACAACUAUACAGCAAGCUGAAGUGGCAAUGGAAGUAUCUUAUUAGGCAUUUUGUCAUGUUCUGUAAAAAUAAAAAUAAUACAAAACAAUUCAGAAAUACAUCGGACAUUUUUUAACCCAGCCUCCACUUCCAUGGUUGUCCCACUAUGAAGUCGGUGGUUUAGAGGACAAAUUGAUAUUAUUCUAUGGGAACUUAUCCUGGUGAUCCAGCUGUUAUUCUAUGGGAACUUAUCCUGGUGAUCCAGCUGUUAUUCUAUGGGAACUUGUCUUUGUGAUCCAGCUGUUAUUCUAUGGGAACUUGUCUUUGUGAUCCAGCUGUUAUUCUAUGGGAACUUGUCCUUGUGAUCCAGCUGUUAUUCUAUGGGAACUUGUCCUUGUGAUCCAGCUGUUAUUCUAUGGGAACUUGUCCUUGUGAUCCAGCUGUUAUUCUAUGGGAACUUGUCCUUGUGAUCCAGCUGUUAUUCUAUGGGAACUUGUCCUUGUGAUCCAGCUGUUAUUCUAUGGGAACUUGUCCUUGUGAUCCAGCUGUUAUUCUAUGGGAACUUGUCCUUGUGAUCCAGCUGUUAUUCUAUGGGAACUUGUCCUUGUGAUCCAGCUGUUAUUCUAUGGGAACUUGUCCUUGUGAUCCAGCUGUUAUUCUAUGGGAACUUGUCCUUGUGAUCCAGCUGUUAUUCUAUGGGAACUUGUCCUUGUGAUCCAGCUGUUAUUCUAUGGGAACUUGUCCUUGUGAUCCAGCUGUUAUUCUAUGGGAACUUGUCCUUGUGAUCCAGCUGUUAUUCUAUGGGAACUUGUCCUUGUGAUCCAGCUGUUAUUCUAUGGGAACUUGUCCUUGUGAUCCAGCUGUUAUUCUAUGGGAACUUGUCCUUGUGAUCCAGCUGUUAUUCUAUGGGAACUUGUCCUUGUGAUCCAGCUGUUAUUCUAUGGGAACUUGUCCUUGUGAUCCAGCUGUUAUUCUAUGGGAACUUGUCCUUGUGAUCCAGCUGUUAUUCUAUGGGAACUUGUCCUUGUGAUCCAGCUGUUAUUCUAUGGGAACUUGUCCUUGUGAUCCAGCUGUUAUUCUAUGGGAACUUGUCCUUGUGAUCCAGCUGUUAUUCUAUGGGAACUUGUCCUUGUGAUCCAGCUGUUAUUCUAUGGGAACUUGUCCUUGUGAUCCAGCUGUUAUUCUAUGGGAACUUGUCCUUGUGAUCCAGCUGUUAUUCUAUGGGAACUUGUCCUGGUGAUCCAGCUGUUAUUCUAUGGGAACUUGUCCUGGUGAUCCAGCUGUUAUUCUAUGGGAACUUGUCUUUGUGAUCCAGCUGUUAUUCUAUGGGAACUUGUCCUUGUGAUCCAGCUGUUAUUCUAUGGGAACUUGUCCUGGUGAUCCAGGAUUGAUCAACUUUUCUUUAGGUGUUGAAUAACUAGGCAUUUAAGAUGAUACCGUAUAUCAGGAAAUUUCACUGCAGUUUAAUUUUUCACCAUUUUUGUUGCACUCCGCAAUGAGAGUGAAUUCAUCAUUACAGGGAACAUAUGUUAACAACGUAAUCUGCAGAGUAAUAAAAUGUGACCACAAAAUUAACACUGGCAAACAUAGAUUAUUCUUCCAAAGGGCGAAAGUUUUGCUGGGUGAAAAUUCACUGGUAUUCGGUAUUAAGUAUAAUUUAGAAAUACUUUGGGAAGGAUUAGAUGUGAAAUGCUAGACGAUGUCGGCAAACUAAAAAGAAAUAUUUGUUUGUUGUUGGUUUUUGAAUGUUUUAGAAAUUAUCUUUGCGAAUCAUACCAAUAGGCAGGUGUGCUUGAAAAUAUGUUGCAGAAUAAUGUAUUAGUAAAAAUAUGAUUUAGCACCAAUUUUUGUUUUUUCGCAUAAAGACAAUUAUAGGUUGUGCUAUAAAUGGUAUGUAGGUCAUAUUGUAAGACAAGCUUUAAGAAUUUCAAAUCUAACCAACAAGUUCAGGAUAGAAAGUUGUGGAAUUUCUUUUAUAUACAGUGUACACACAAAAGUUAACAGCAAUACUAUGAUGUGUUUUCUUUGUAAAAGUGGUUAAAGUUGUACAAUAAAAUGAACAAU